GGCUUUGUGGUCCUUAGACAAUUAGUCAGUCAGUCAAGUGGGUAGGUCUAAGUGGUGAGGAGUGGGACAAUCAUUGUCGUGCACCUGACACCAUGGACGACUACCCUAUGUACGGUCUGCUCGUGGGGUUCUCCCUCUGGGGGACCCUUUGGUGUCUCCUUUUUCCCCUGGGGUUCUGGAACACUUUCACGUGUAGAGUAGACACCAGGGGAGGUGCGAGCACCACUCCCUACACCCCGGAACAAGAGGAGGAGGCUGCGAGGAUCUUAGCCGAACAGAAGGCCAAGAAGGAGAAGAGGGAGGUUGUGAAGCAGGCCAAGAAGCUGGCCUUGUUGCAGGAGCAGGCCGCAAAAAGAAAGAAGUUGGAGGAAGAGUUGGAAAGGGUAAAGGAGGAAGAAAAGAUGAAAGCAGUGGAUGCAGAAGAAGAAGAAGAGAAAAAGGUGGAAGAAGAAGUGCCCCUAAUUAGGAGAAGUGUCAGGGACAGAGGCGAGACGAGUGGCACAAAGAAAGAGGAUUCUUGGCUGGAGAAGAAGGUUUUUGAAUGGGUUGCCAAUCUGUCUCUGGGAGAAGAGGAGGAGGCGAUGUUAUAUGUUCCUAGGGAAGAACAGGAGGCGGUCGUGAAAAAAUUGGAAGCCGAGGAAGAUCCCCUCAAACGGCAGACGACAGAAGAGGGAAAAAAGUUACGGAAGUUGCGUCUGCCUAGGGAGAGGAAAAAGAGAAUGGAGGCGGCGAGUAAGGCGGCGAAGGAACUGGAGGAGGUAAAACAGUUAAGGGUGCAAAUGGAGGCACAGGCGGAGUUGAAAGAAAAAAUGGAGGUGAUGGCGAAGAGUAUAGGGCGCCUAGCGCAGGCUGAGGAGAGGCAGUACCAAUUUAAGAGGAGUCAGGACAUAGUCGUGCAAUCAAUACGAUUGGGGUUUAGGGAGUUUGCACGUGAAAUGUUGUGCACCAAGACAAUGACAAUGGAUAUAGGCCCAGAGUUCAUGUCUGCAAGGAUGCCUUCAGAGAAGAUAGCGACAUCAACCUAUGAGAGGGAACUCUACACUCUUAGGGAAGCACUAGAUCAUUGGAAGCACUACUUGCUUGGGAGACACUUCAAAGUCUAUUCAGACCACGAGACACUAAGCUGGUUGAAGACGCAGGCCAAGAUGACACCUAAGCUUACUAGGUGGGCCACUGAAUUAGAUCAGGAUGACUUCGAACUUAAGCCAGUAAAGGGGAAGUACAUUGCGGAUGCUCCAAGUAGGAGAGCUGAUUACUUUGGGGCAAUAGUUCACUAUCUGGAGAUAGGGAGAGACCUGCAGCAGAAAGUUAGAGAGGCAUAUGCACAGGACCCUAUCUAUAGUGACCUCCUCAAGAGAGUUAGGGAAGCUCCAAAGUCUGAACCAGAGAUCCGUAGUUUGAUCUUAGGGGAAUGCCACGACACAGAGGGACACUUUGGGUGGCAAAAGACACUAGCCAACCUCAUGCACGCGUAUAUCUGGCCUGGAAUGAAGGCCGACUUCAUAGAGUACGUACGUAGUUGUGAAGUCUGUCAGAGAAACAAGACUACUACGCAAGCCCCUCUUGGUCUUCUCAGACCCUUGCCUAUUCCUGACAGACCUGGGGAUUCUGGGUCCGUUGACUUUAUGGAUACUCAAGUCAAGACUAUGCAUGGCAAAAGUCAAGUCAUGGUUAUAGUUGAUAGAUUUAGCAAGUAUGCAGUUCUUGUUCCUCUGCCUGCAGAGGCACGAGCAGAUUUAGUUGUUUAGAAGUUCUUUGAUCAUUGGGUCAAUGAACAUGGUAUACCGCU